AUGGAGGUUGUGUACUUGAGGAGUCUGCAGGAGAUGCUAGAAGCCGAAUUGCAGUACCUUGCGGCGCGACACUCAACUUCCACAUCCUCGACAUUGGAGUUGUCGUGGAAAGAAGUGGCGCACGCUUUCAAAGACGAACGGCAUCAAGCCGUGGUAGAGCAAGCGGAGGUCAAAGCUGUCGUCUUGGGAUACCAGUCGUUGGCUCGAGACAUGCAGCAUUGGGUCACCGCCCAGAUGUCAGUUCCAGACGCUCUCAAUGUUCGAAUCCCAGCGUGGAGGCUCGUGCACCUUCCGUCGAAUCCUCGAUCAAGAGCUCUAGGGAAGGAAUGGAUCACACAACGCAUGUACCAUAACCUGGAGCAAGUGUUCAAGGACCACCACAUGCCGCCCGCCCAUGCUUCGAACCCCGAGUCCUUCGAGUUCGCCAUGUCAUCAGACAACACGACGCUCGACUUUCUCCAUCGCCUUCAGUUUGUCUCGUACUAUCCUCCUUCCAUCAUUGUUUCCACGUUUCGGCACAUGCUCUGCUCCAUGUUGCUCGUGGAUCGACACGACCCUGCC